AUGUUGGGUAGGGUCGUCAAGAUCUUGCUCGUGAUACUGAUCCGGGAAAUAUAUCUGGCUGUGGAUGAGUACGUCGAUUCUGUGCGGAGGGGAUGGGAGUGUCCACCGUCCGAGGAGAGGAAGCGAAUAGCCCUCGAGUUUAUUUUAGAGCCCCCGGUUGUUGGACUUUCGGAUCCUCCACCAAUGUUUGAGGCGGCGGCGGAUAGCGAGACUGGAGAGUUCGCUGGACAUACUGCAGGGGAUCGUGAAGCUGGAAUGACCGGCGACGGGGAAGCCACGGAUGACUCGACCGAGUAUGCUGUUAGACCUGAAGUCUCUGAUGACGGAACGAACUCGUGGGAAACCGUUGAUUAUAGCGAUAGCUCCGUACGAGAUUCCGAGUCCUGGAUAGAAACGGUUGAGCGAAAUGACGAGUAUGAGGUGGACGAAUAUGGUGACUAUUACGAGGGAAAAAGCGAGAAACUCUUCAGCAACGAUCCUGGAAGACAGGUGGAUACUGAUGACCGCGGCAUCUUCCUACCAGAGAGCAUGUUUGACUAUCCUGAAGAAGAGGUUCACUUUAGUGACCACGGAUAUGCCGAGGAGCAACAGGAAGACAAUGAAAAAACAGAUGACCUUGACAUGAUGACAACACAGUACGGGCAAAUGGGUGCAAACAGUUUUGCCAUCAGGGACAAUACCCCGAUACAGGCCACAAGAGAGAACAAAGAAGGUCCGUGGGGAUCUGAAACCUGCAGUGAAUGCGAUCAGCUUGUAUGGGAAAACGCGUCAACCUCCAACAUGAUCAACGCAGAAACUACCAGUUCCCAACUCCCAGCUGCUUUGGUGGCCGGCCCAGACGCAGAGCAAACUGGGGCAGCUGAGCCUGCCGGUAUUGUUGAAAUCGUGAAAUCUUUGACGCUAGAGGAUAUGGCUGGUAGCUGGUGGGAUGAGGUCCUAGAGGCUAUGGAAGCAGGGUUUGAGGAGGCAGAAGCGGUGUUUCGAAAGGUAGCAAGUGCAGGAUUUACAGACAUCGAGGUCAAUCCGUCUCUGGCUAAAGCAAAGACUGCCCCGAGAAAGAGACGCCCCCAAAAGCCAGAGAAACCACGGAAAGGGCCUGCUAACCGCAAUUCCGACUGCACUGACCCAGAGAAGGACUUCUAUGAUGUGUGUUGGAGUAUUCUCAAUGAGACAGGCCUGGUGGGAGAGUAUAUGAGGGACAGGAUGCUGGUGAGCGUCUCAACUCCGAAACGACCCAAGGCAUAA